AUGGCCUCCACCGGCCGGUUGCUGGGUCUGGCCGAGCUGGGGCUGAAAUGUGACCAAGAGAUAGAGAGGAGAUAUGAAAUUGUGCCGUCGGUGGUCUGCUCCAUGAGCUGCCUUUUCGGAAUCAUCUACUGCUUCUUUGGCUACAGAUGCUUCAAGGCCGUUCUGUUCCUCACCGGCCUCAUGUUUGGCUCUGUGGUCAUCUUCAUGCUGUGCUACAAGGAGAGGGUGAUGGACACUCAGCUCAGCAUAGAGGCGUCGGUGGGCAUCGGCCUCGGGAUUGGGACUUUGUGCGGAUUGGUGACGAUGUUGGUCCGCAGUGUCGGACUGUUCAUGGUGGGCCUGCUUUUGGGACUGUUGGUUGGAGUGGCUUCAUUGGUGGUCAUGGAGGAAUUUUACCACCCCAAAACAGUUUGGGUUCCUCUGGGAAUUCUUCUGGGUUCCGGGACCCUGUUUGCUGUCCUCACUCUUCAGUGGCAGCGUUGCUUCGUGACCUUCUCCACUGCCACUUUCGGUUCUGCAAUCAUUACCAUCACCGUGGAUUACUUCAUAGAGCUUUUUGCGAUGGUGCAAUACGUCUACGAGAGACUCAAGGUGGCACCCAAGAAGCCAAUGUGCUGGUUCACGUGGAUCAUCAUGGGGGUGUGGCCUGUCCUGGCACUGCUUGGAGUGCUGAUUCAGUGGAAAGUCACAGCAGAGGGUUUUUCUCACACAGAGGUGGUUUUGAGUCGGCAACAAAGGCGAGUGCAGCUCAUGCGAAUCCGGCAGCGAGAGGAGAAGCUCAAAAAGGAGAAUGAGACCAAGAAGAAGAAAAAACAACAGAGCCAGAAGAGCGGCCCAAAACAGAAAACCAACAGUCACCACCAGCAGUACCACCACCCGGGGACAUCCCACCCGCAUCACCCAUCCCGAAGCACGCAACCCCCCAAAAUCCCUCCCCCUCAGACUGACCCAGGCUUCCAUCGCAAGCCCAAACCCAAAAAGCGCUUUGAAGGGGAUGUGCUCUCACCGAGCUACAUCCGCAGUUUCAGGGACAGGCAAACAGACAGACGAGCAUAUUCCCACAGUCGAAUGAUGAGCCGCUCCCGGAUGGCUGAACUUGACUACGACUGUGGCUCUCAAGUGCCCCUCACAGCACCUUCUGGAGCUCCGGUUCGGAUCUGAUGCCUCAAAAUAUGCAGAUCCUUCCCAAAUUACAAAAACGUGUUGCGCAUGGUUUGGCACGCCAAAGGUUGUGUCCAUCAAAUUAAAACCGCAGGAACACAAGAACUACAGGCAUGUUAAAUCGGAUUGUUGUUUGUUUUCAAUAGCAAACAAAUGCAAGAAAAAAACUCAUGUUAUCAGAGAAAAGCACACUACUAGCUGCAGUUGUUACAAUAUAAACUGGCCCCAAAAGGAAACUGACUGUGCUAAUCAUGUUGUGUUGUCAAGGCAGGCAACACACAACAGUGAACAUGUAAUGAAAUCAUGUGCUACAGUUUUGGUGCAGACACACAAGCCCUUUGGCAAGUGAUGGAUUGUACCAAAUGUUGGCGAAAGUGAGGGUGGUGGUUGUCUCCCAAUGUAUGUAAAUGUAAUCAUGUGAUGGUUUUUGUCGUCGUCGUCUUUUUUUUUUUUAGGAAAACACAAUACUAUAAUUUUUAUAAAUUGCACGAAUCCCAUCAUGAUGGCAGCGAAGACAUUCAAAUGUGCGUUCUUGAUGUGCUUGUGAUGGAAUCAGUUGCAAGGGCGCCCUCUACCGUUUACAACUGGACUGGACAGAAAGCAGCAUUUUUACGGUCUUAACUUUGUAUUCGUUUUAUAAUUGUUAUUUUAAUUGUUGGGCCAGGAAACAAAGCAGCCACUGCUUAACUUUACAUAUAAAUAUAUAUAUUCAAAUGGCACCAAAAGCAAAUUUUUACCUAUUUUUUUGUGUACAUCUUGUAGAUGUUUAAAUAGGAAAAAAAUAAGGGGUUGCGAUGACUUCAAUAGUGAAGUGCCACAACAAAUGUGCUUGUGUUAAAUUUGGCAGGCCUUGCACUUGUUUAAGGGGUACACGUGCACUGUUACCCCUUUCAUGCACAUGUGUCCUUGUCGAACUGUUUUGUGUUUUCAUUGUGUCAAUGUGUCUGUGACGUGUUCUCGUGUCAAGUUAGAAGUAGGUCGUUCUAUUAUUUUCUAAUUGUAUUGGCAUUAAAUUCAUUGAAUGGAUUGACGGAGAUGUUCGACUUUUGUGACGUUGGAUUCAUUGUCUCCCCUUAUCCUUUGUCUUUUCUUCUACCGGUCUCCUCUUUUUAUAGUGUCUUGUUUAAACCAUGCAGAAAAAAGGGCUUAGAAAAAGCAUGAGGCAUUUUCGCAAUGUAUUGUCAUCAAGUAAUUUUGCCACAUUUGUUAUUUGACAUGAUUUUUCGUUAUAAAAUUGCAGGCAAAUUAAGUGUUCACAUCUCAACAGCUAACAGUUGAAUUACUCCACGUUGACUAUUGAAUUGCUCCAGUGAAAAAUGUGUAGAUAUCAUAACCCAAGUACUUAAAUGUAAUGAACGUUCGCUGUCGUCACGUUUACGCCAUGGUCUUGUAAAUAUAUAUUUUUUUUCCUGCAAUUACUUUUUCUGGUGCAGUAGAUAUUUUUAUUUGUGUUCUUGAAUGCUCAAGUGAUUUUUUCUUUUUUUUUGAGUGACAGACAUGAGCCAGUGAAGAGAUACUGAUUCACCUUAUUGCCAUCAUUUCUAAUAUUAUUAUGAUUAUUGUUAUUAUUAAGCAUGUCUUUAAAUGGACCUAUGAUAUGAUUAAACAACAUACGUGUAAUUCUACAA